CAGCAGGGGACGAUAUUGUAAAACACCCAGAUAGAGGGGGUGGAGAGGAGACUAUUGGAAAGGUGAAACUGCAAAAACCGUACAGAGAACUGGGAGUAAGAUAAGACAAGAUAAACAGUUCUGAAGUCUACUAACUGGAAUACGUUUUGUGUUAAGUUAACUCGAUGUGAAGGAAGUAUUUGUACCUACAUUUUUUUAUUUGCACUAGUUAAGGCUACUACAACUACUGAAAAUCUAUAUUUUUUAAGACCCAAAAACUGGAUCAGUUAUUUGUGGACUGAGACGUUCCCUCUGCAACAGCACUUUGUUUUCAACUGUUUCCCCCAGGUUUCUGUUUAUUUGCUUGGCUCCAGCUGAGCCUUGCCCUCUGGUGGCUUACAACACAAUACGACAAUUCAAAACAGCCAACGGUAAUAACUCCAGGGUGGUACAGCAACUAUGCAGCUUGAAAUUCAAGUAGCACUCAACUUCAUCAUUUCGUACUUGUACAAUAAGCUGCCCCGGCGACGUGUCAACAUUUUUGGUGAGGAGUUGGAACGACAGCUGAAACAGAAAUAUGAGGGGCAUUGGUACCCAGACAAGCCAUACAAAGGGUCUGGAUUCAGGUGUAUACACGUCGGGGAGAAAGUGGACCCGGUUGUGGAGCAAGCAGCCAAAGAAAGCGGGCUGGACAUUGAGGAUGUCCGCAACAACCUGCCUCAGGACCUCAGUGUCUGGAUAGAUCCUUUUGAGGUGUCUUAUCAGAUUGGGGAGAAGGGACCUGUCAAGGUGCUCUAUGUGGAUGACAGUAAUGACAACGGGCUAGAGUUGGACAGGGAGAUCAAGAACAGCUUUAACCCCGAAGCCCAGGUCUUCAUGCCAAUUAGCGAACCCGUGGGCAUGUCACCCACCUCCAGUUCCCCGUCCCCUCCUUUUGGCCAAUCAGCAGCGGUUAGCCCCACAUUCAUGCGCCGUUCCACGCAACAUCUAACCUUCACCACUGCUUCCUUCGCUGCCACCAAGUUCGGCUCCACUAAAAUGAAAACCAAUGGGCGAAACGCUAACAAGGUGGCCCGAACCUCCCCCACCAACCUGGGCCUGAAUGUAAACAACCUUCUGAAGCAGAAAGCCACGUCUACAUCAAUGCAUUCGCUCUACGGCGUCAGCUUGGCCGGGCAGCAGCAGAAACCCUCCGCCCUGUCUCCAAACGCCAAGGAGUUUGUGUUCCCCAACCUCCAGGGGCAGGGCAGCCCAAGUGCAAUGUUCCCUGGGGAGACCUCACUGAGUCUCAGCCCUCUCCCGUACAAUAAUGCCUUCGACGUGUUUGCAGCCUACGGGGGCCUUAACGAGAAGUCCCUCGUGGACAGUCUGAAUUUCAGCUUGAGCAGCAUGCAGUAUUCUAACCAGCAAUUCCAGCCAGUGAUGGCCAACUAAUGACCAGAGAUAUGUGAUGGGAUGGUGGGGAACACCCAUUUCGAAAAUCCAAAAAAGAGAAAAGAAAAAUAAAAAUAAAAAAAAAAUGGAAAUGUAACACUUCAAAUGUAAAGUCCCAGUUAAUGAGUCAAAAGAUUAAGUAAGCCCAAGGGUGAACUACUGUGUUCCCUUAAGUGUUUUUGUCAUUCUUUUUUAUGAUUAAGCUUGUUGUAUAAGCAAGCUUGGUUAUCAAAACUCAUAUUGUUUUUUUUUUGUUUUUUUAAGUUGUUUUUGUUUUGCCAACCAAGCACAAAAUUAUUUUUACUGACUGUUUUAAGAUAUCUUUAUGAAGAAAAAACUACAAAUCAAGGCCUCUAAUAGUAUUCAAGAAAUAGCUACAUAGCCAAUUUUCAAUUGGCCUGAAUGCUGAAUGAGGGAUUUCUUGGUCUUUUUUUCUAACUGUAUAAUUAAUUUAGUAGAGAGUUUGUAAAAUAUCAGAGUAUAUAUAUAUAUUGUUUCUAUGACAUUUUGCAUUUAUAUCUUUUUACUACUCCAGUGAUCUGUGAUGGCUGCAGCAGCUUUUGUUAUAUUUUUUUUUAAUGAAAUUGUAAAAUGAAUCCAUCUUUAAAAACAUCAACUAUUCUAAAGAUUGUGUACGGAAUAUUCCAUUGUGUUGGGAUUAUAUAAAAAUAUUUGCUUUGGGUAAAAAAGUGAGGAAAAAAAGAAAAAGAGUUGUAUUUUCUGUUAAGAGUUCAAAGAUUUUUGCUAUACUAUGGACAAAAUGUAAUCGUAUAUUAAUUUUGUACCAACAUUGUGCAAUACUUGACAAAAACAAAUAGUGUACAAAGUAUUUGGAGUCAGUGUCUUACAUGUAAAGAGGGACUGAUAGUUUAUUAAGUUUGUAUUAAAAUGCUUGAAAUUA